AUGGAGAAAGGAGAUUCGGGGCAGAAGCUGCACACAAAGAUGCGGCUAUGGGAAUUUCCGAACCAGUAUGUGAUUGAACCAAUUGAAGGAUCAUCUUCUCGAUCUCCACUCUCAAUUAGUAGAAAAGAUGGCACCAUGAAGCUCAUUGAUGGCAUCCCUGAAUGCAGCACCCUUCGAGUCCCUAAGAUCAUGACCAUUUUUGGUGUCAUUGGCAUGCUAAAGAUCUUGGCUGGAUCAUAUUUGCUGGUAAUAACUGGGCGUGAAUGUGUUGGAACACACAUGGGGCAUCCAAUUUACAAGAUAUCAUCAAUGAAGGUUUUUGCAUGUGAUCAAACUCUUAACAAUACCCCUGCUGAGCAAAAGAAAACAGAGAUGGAAUUUUCUAGGUUAAUAACUGUUGCUGAGAAGACAUAUGGCCUAUUCUUCUCAUAUGACACUAAUUUAACUUUGAGUGUCCAACGACUGAAUGAAUUGGGUAAUGAAUCUAAAUUGCUUCCUCUUUGGAGACAGGCAGAGCCUCGAUAUCUCUGGAACAAUUAUAUGUUGGAAAUGCUGAUUGAUCACAAGCUUGAUCCAUUCCUACUUCCUGUAGUUCAAGGCAGCUUUCACCAUUUUCAAGCAGCAAUUGGGAAAGAUAUCAUUGACAUCACUUUGAUUGCUAGGAGAUGCACAAGAAGAAAUGGAACUCGGAUGUGGAGAAGAGGGGCUGAUGCUGAUGGUUAUUGUGCUAAUUUUGUGGAAUCAGAGCAAGUUAUGCAGUUCAAUGGCUAUACAGCAUCAUUUGUUCAGAUUCGCGGAUCGAUGCCAUUCCAAUGGGAGCAAAUUGUUGACUUAACAUACAAGCCAAAGUUUGAGAUAUUGAAACCUGAUGAAGCUCCUCGAGUCAUGGAGCGUCAUUUCUUAGAUUUGAGAAAAAAAUAUGGGAGUGUGGUAGCUAUUGAUCUUGUCAACACGCAUGGAGGAGAGGGGAGGUUAUAUGAAAAAUUUUCAACCACGGCGCAGCAGGUGGCAGGUGAUGAUGUAAGAUAUAUACACUUUGAUUUCCAUGGCACAUGUGGUCACAUUCAUUUUGAUCGUCUCUCAAUCCUCUAUGAUCAAAUUUCAGAUUUUCUUGAGAGAAACGGAUAUCUUCUGUUGAAUGAAAAGGGAGAGAAAAUGAAGGAGCAACUUGGGGUUGUUAGGACCAACUGUGUUGAUUGUUUAGACCGUACAAAUGUUACUCAGAGCAUGAUUGGACGGAAUAUGCUGGAAUACCAGCUUAGAAGACUUGGUGUCUUUGGAGCUGAAGAAACAAUUAGUUCACAUCCAAAUCUGGAUGAUAAAUUUAAGAUCUUGUGGGCAGAUCAUGGUGAUGACAUUAGUAUUCAAUAUUCAGGCACUCCUGCUCUGAAAGGAGAUUUUACCAGAUUUGGACACCGCACUGUUCAAGGCAUACUAACUGAUGGUUGGAAUGCUCUUAUGCGUUAUUAUUUGAAUAAUUUCGCUGAUGGAACAAAGCAGGAUGCAAUUGAUCUCAUGCAAGGACAUUACAUAAUCUCUGUUGGAAGAGAUAUGACUCCAACUUCUCAGAAUGGAGGCAUUGAAUCUAUUGCUUCUUUUCCUCUGGCUCUAGGCCUGGUUUUGACCGGAUUCUUUUUCGCUACCAUGUCCUUGAGACAAGUUCGAUACGAUUUUCGGCACUUCUUCCUUUCACUAAUGUGGGCAGGAAUUAGUAUUGGGAUAGCAGCGUUCGUGAGGGCGAACGGCCGAGUUUUCUGCAACAGGCCACGCCUACACAAGCCGCGGUCUUAG